AUGGUGGAGAUAUAUUUCAACGUUCAAUCCGACAACGGCUCAAUCACUGAUGAUCAUGCCUUGAGGAGAUGGAGCACACAAUACCUGCGUGCUCUGGAAGACAAGAAAGACCUUCGGAUCGGUUCGAAGCUGAGAACCCUUUUGACUGGUGCAGGGUUUGUCGAGGUAGACACAAAGAUGAUCCCUCUUCCUUUGUCUGCAUGGUCGACUGAUCCACGGAUGCGAGAGAUCGGUCGAUUCAAUCGUGAAAACAUACAGCAACUUCUCCGAUCGCUCGCAAUAUAUCCAUUGACUCAACGCUUGCACAUGUCACCAGCGAGUUUCGACUCUUUGGUGGACCAAGCACAGCACGAAGCAGCAGAUCUCACAUUAAAAGCAUACUUUCCACUGUAG